AUCAUGUCUAAACCUUGAUGGUUUUGGUCUGCUUUGGGGGAGGGGGGCUCACCCUGGGUAUUGUGUAGUAACUUGCCUAUGUAGCACAGACUCUGAGUUUGAAGGCCUCCGUCCCUUUGUUUGCUGGUUGACCAAUGCCUACACAAUAAUUAUCAUGUAUAUAUAUGCCACGUCUAUGGAGCCUAAAUGCAUGUAGGUAACCACUAACUGUACACUUUGAAGGUAUUUGUAUGGAGCUCACAUAAUGUGCUCCGUCAUUGCAUGCAAGUACAAAGGAAAGUAUGAAUAUCUGAAUGUUAAGUCACGUUGAGGCAUCAAAGAGUGUAGAUAGUACAUGUGCCUUGAUUCGAAUUCGUACAUAACGAGAUUCAAGCUUUAUUGGUAUCUCGUGAAUAUAGUGUACAUGUAGGUCUGAGAAAAAGUGGUUCCAAGAACCAAAACCAAAGUAGUGCGUAUUUAAGUUGUAGCAUGCAUGCACUCAGUGGAUAGUAUCAAACUAGUAUAAUGGCUGCUCAAUCUGAUCAACGUUACAUAGCUUUAGACGUGAAGUGUGUGGCCACUGGAGUGCGCCAUGAUGCUAAAUCUAGAGCUGUGUGUUUUGUUGCUGUGAUCGAUUAUGGUGAAAAUAUUCUUCUCCAAAAAGCUGUCAAGCCUGAAGCUCCAAUAGUUAGCUACCUCACCCCACUAUCGGGAGUUAGGGAAGGUGAUCUAGAUGGAGCCGAGAGCACAGAGGUGGUCAUUGCUCAAGUUAAGGCUUUGCUUGGCCCUGAUGUCAUUCUCGUUGGUCAAGGUCUGGUCAAAGACAUUGAAUGGCUUUGUCUUGAGGAGGGCAGAGAUUACGGUGGCAUUGAGGAGCUUGCAGAUAUGUUUAAGACAUACAAUUCUCGCUAUGAAAAUUACACUUUCCACUCUCUUCGUCAUGAGGCUAAUACUCUUUUGUCAGAAGGUUUUCUAUCGAUGGGUUGUAAUCCUGUAAAAGAAGCAAUUGCGAGUGUGAGGCUUUUCAAGCUUUACCAUGGAAACACUGUCUUGCUUGAAGAGGCAAAAAGGAAACUUGCAAGCACUCGUUUUGAGCCGUCAUUUGCCAAGAGGAAUAACAGUUUAUAUGAAGGAGUCUGUAUGGGUGGCAGGAGGUGUACUUGUGGAGCCCCAAGGUUUUAACUUUCCACGCACAGUGAAACUUUACAUUUGCUGUGUAAUACUGUGUAAUACUGUAUUAAUUUUAAUGACUACAUACAUAGUCUGUAGGACAUAAUUAUGUUGUCACUUACCAUGCAGUUUGCGUUGUUGUAUGUUAUAGUCCUAUAUAAUUAUUUAUGCUUGUAACACAUGCAGCGCUAUACAAUGAGUAACUAAUUCUUGAC